AUGAACAGAACUCUCAAGAUCCUCGUUCCACACAUCGAAAAGAGACUCAUCACCGUCGAAAACGGGCUUUUGAAGGAUCUCUCACAAGACGAUGUGCUUACUUGGCAUACCCACGAAGCACUGCGCAAGAAAGAACCUCGAUUCGAGAUGGCGGACGUCAUCGCAUGUCGUGUCUUUGCCACAGUGUUUGCAGCACUGGAAUCAACAACACUCACAAUGGCAUAUGCUCUCUUCAAAGUUUGCGCGAGCAAUCCAUCCACGGAAGUUUGGCAAGCUUUGGAGGACCAGGCAGUUGGUGUUUUCUCCACGAAGGCUGAUCAGACAAGUUUGAAUGGCCCCAAUCAAAGCACUGUCAGUGGAGGUUAUGCAGGACGAUGGUCAGACAACCAAGAUCGUAUGAUUCAACUCCCUCGAGGCGCUCGCCUGAGUAUCGCCGCUUGGGGUAUUCACCACGAUGAGGACAUAUAUGCUGACGCAUACGCCUUUGACCCGUUUCGCUUCGUAGUGUCACAAAAGGGCGAUGGUCAGAACACAGACUCUAUUGCCACUCCUUCUGACAAUUACCUCACAUUUGGGUUUGGGAAGCACUCUUGUCCUGCAAAAUAG